AUGUACACACCUACAAUAUUUCGAAUGCUUCAUGAUCAAUAUGACUUGGCAUCAGCAGCAAGGAUAAAAAAUCGCCAAGAGAACUUAUUAGUGCAUACAUACACUAUUGAGUUUUUGCAUAAGCUUGGUGAGUACAUAGUAUCUUAUGAUACUGAAGAUAAGACAUUUUCAUGUAGUUGUAGAAAGUUUGAAAUAAUUGGGAUUUUAUGUUGUCAUGUUCUGAAAGUCUUUGAUUCCCUUGAUAUAAAGACAAUUUCUGAUAUAUACAUUUUAAAAAGAUGGACAAGAGAGGCAAAAAGUGGAUGUAUCUUGGACAAUAGAAGAAUAAAUGUGGAAGAGGAUGUCAACUUGACUGCUGCACAGCGGUAUAGAAGAUUAUGUUCCAAGUUGGUUCGUGGUAAUAAAAAUCUUGAUCCUAACCAACAUUUGGAAAAAUUGGUUGAAAGGGUUAAAGGUCUUAAGAAAAAAGAAGGUCGCAAAAAAGAAGGUCGCAAGGGUGGAGAACGAAAGAAAAGUUGGGUUGAGAAGCAAAAGAAGAAGAAGGGUAGAGCUGAAUUAAAUGAUGAGGAACUUAGUUUUGCUCCUAACAUACAAUACAAUAAUUAUGACUCACAUGGAGAACAUUAUUUACAUCAAGCACCAUUAACUCCAUUAUUGUCUCAAGUAUCAAAUUAUGCGGAUGUUGGUCAGGCACCAUUAACUCCAUCAUUGUCUCAAGUAUCAAAUGAUGCAAAUGUCUGUCAGUCGUAA